AUGGAAUCGCAAAUAUUUUUAACAAUUAAAGAUCCGAAGAUCAGAAAUAUCUACGCCUAGGAUAGGAAUAAAGACAUGAUUGCAGUAAAUUUAGUAGUUUGGCUAGUUAGAGUUGUCACUGUAUUGUGUGGUAUAGUUAGUGCAAUCAUAAAUGAGAGAAAAUUUACAGACUUAUAUUGGGUUGUGAGGGGGGUUGGUCUAGGUUACUAAUUAUCCUUGCUCCUGCUGGCAUGGAAAUGGCCUAACCACUUUGCUAAGUUACAAGGGCCACUACUUAUACCUUCUUUUUUGAUAAAUUUGUAGAACUUAAAUGUACCUUUAGAUUAUCUCACCGUCAACACUAUAGUUGGAAACAUUUCAGCAUUUAUGAUUUUUAUGAUAUAUGGCUUCUUAUUGAAUUACAGUUGGUAUAUUACCGCAGUAUCUCUAACCUUGACAAAUAUAGGUGCUCUAACCUUUUAUGGUUUAUAGAUCCAAUUUAGAGACCUUACAUCACUCUCUGUAAUCAUAGCAUAUCUUUUCUUGAUCAUAUACGCUUGUUACUUUUACGAGAAGAGAUUAAAAUAAUCAUUUAUCUAGCUCCAUUAAAUAUAAACAAUGAACGAUGAGCUUACAUUACUAUUUGACAAGCUGCCAGAAGGCAUAGUGCUCUUUAACCCUGAAAAUAAAUAAAUCUCGUUAGUAAAUAAAGAAUUCAGAAGAUUAUUUAAUAUACAGCAACAGUAACAUCAGGGUAGUCCCUCAGCAACAAACGAAGAAAAUAAUCAUUAGAGCAUACAAUCAAGCAGUAAUAAAAUAAAAAUUGAUUCUUGUCUAGAGCUCAACUAGCUAAAAGAAUACAAAUUCUAAGAACAAGGGAUAGUAGCAGACGACCUUCGAUCAGGCUCAGGAUUUAAGAAUAUCUUGGAAGCUGUAAAUGAUGAAAACAGAGACAAAUAUUAUUAAAUAAUGACAGCAAGUGAAGAAGAUAACUUUUCUUCUUCUAACUCUAAUGCAUAAAAUGGUAAUAGUGAGAUCAUAAGCCUGAAUCAAUGCUAGAUUCUCUUUCAAAAUCUUUAUCAUCGAAUGAUAAUGGUAAAGAACCUUACUCCAAUAAUCAAGUAUGAGAAAUUGAAAGUAGAAAAUCAUUUUUACGAGAUGCUAACUGCAACAGUUUCUCACGAUAUGAGGACACCUUUAAAUGCAAUGACUGGCCUAUUGAAUAGUCUGGACAUUUUUAUAUAAGACAACACAGGAAAGAGAUUCCUUAAUAUCAUCAAGAAUUCCUCUAAAUUCAUGUGCUUUUUGGUUAAUGAUUUACUCGAUUAUUUUCAGAUAAAAAACGGUAAAUUUAAAAAGAAUCUUUAGUGGAUAGAUCUAAACAAAUCAUUCAGAGACUUGGUAGAUAUGUUCAGCAUUGGUGCAAGAGAAAAAGGAAUUCAGAUUAUGUAUAAUAGUACUUAAGAUUUUCCAACUGUCUUAUAUGCUGAUGAGCAAAGAACCAAAUAGAUCCUUCUGAAUCUAUUGCAAAACUCUCUAAAAUUCACUUUCCAUGGACAUAUUAAAGUUGAAGCUGGGUAUGAUAAUUCAGCAUAGCAAAUAGUGGUAAGUGUAUCUGACACUGGUAUCGGCAUUAAAUAGGAAGACAGAGCUAAGUUAUUCACAUUAUUUGGGAAAUUGGAGGCCACUUCACAUAUUAAUACGUCUGGAAUCGGUUUGGGAUUAAGUAUCUGCAAAAAAAUAGUUGAGAUGUUUGAAGGCAUUAUCUAGCUUGAAGAAAAUAACAACCCCGGUACUAAGUUCACUUUUAGAUUAAAAGCAAUAAAUUAUCUCGAGCCUGUUCAAGUUUUGACUCAUGCUGACAUUGAUAACGAUGAUGAUGGUGCAUUAAUUUAGCCCACCAAUAGGCACCUUAUGAUAAGUCAAUACUCUAACGAGGGGAAGUUUGAUUACUCUGAAAACAGUAUAAGCUUCUAGCAAAUUCAACUAGACAUGCCUUAGAACAUAUACAAAAACCUAUUCACAGACUAGAUUUGCGUUUGCCCCAAGGUUAACUAUGUUUUAGUAGUGGAUGACAAUAUUUUUAAUGUAGUGACCCUGCAAGCAAUAUUAUAGCUUUAAUUCGGUCUCCUAUCUGAUAAAGCCAGUAAUGGGGAAGAGGCGUUGCAAAAAGUUAAAGAUAGGUAUGACUACGGCAUAAAGAGUGGAUGUGAAUUAUGCCGAAUCAAGAAAUAAUAUUAUUAGCUUAUAUUCAUGGACUGUAACAUGCCAAUAAUGGAUGGAUUCUAGUCUACUCUAGAAAUCAGAAAGUUUGAGGUAGAGAAUAAUAUGAGAAAUAUUUCAUAUAUUGUUGCCUUGACAGCCUACACUACAGAAAUGUUUGCAAACAAGUGUAUUGAAUCUGGGAUGAAUGAGUUUCAAACCAAGCCAGUUAGUAACGAGGUGAUCAAGGAGGUGCUAAUGAAAUUCGAUGAUCUUAUGCCUUUGGAAUGA